AUGAACGCCACAUGGGGUUUGGUGACGGUUCUGAGUCUGGUGUGCCACACAGAGUCGAGGUGCUCACCGACCACCUACUACAAAAACUGCUGGAUCCGACGGUUCCCGGGAAUUUUCAUCAACAUGGAGGAGUCUCAGAGGAGAGGAGCGCAGCUGGUCAAGUUUUACCAAGAGGAGAGUGCGCUGAAGUGCAGCCGCACCUGCUGCCUCACGAAGAACUUUUCAUGUAACUUGGCCAUAUUUCAUUAUAAUAGCAGCCAAGAAAACUGCUUCCACCUGCUGUGUCCAACACUGGAGAGCUGCAUUCUGACACACAGAGGUAACGUUGUCCUCUACAACAUCACAAAGGGAGUGGAUCCUGACCUGUUGGUGUUUGGAAAAUACUUCACAUCAAACGUUCGUGUGUUACCCCACCACUUCAGUCGGGUGAAUGCCUCCGAUCUUCUGCCCCCAGACAAACGACAGCUCAUCCAUCCACCUCCUCCUGAGAAGCUGCCUCUUACCUCUACAUCUCCUGUGACACCAUCAUUUCCAGCAAGAGACGUGCACACCAAUGUGGCAUGGCGGAGCGCCUGUCAGCUCACAACUGUCUCUUCAUCCACAACAGCCUCCUCUUCUUCUGGAAAAACGUCCUCAUAUUCAGGAAACAAUGUGCAAACCACAGACCCAACAACUGCUCCACCAGCUUUAUCACUUGGGCUUAUUACUCCGUCCAUGUUCACCACCGUUAUCUCACCUGCUCAUUCCAACUCAGAGACUCCACAUGACAUUUCUGCUACAACUCCAGGACCCUUCAUCUCCACCCAUCAGCCAACCACAGCCCGCCACGAGUCAUCUAACAGCACUUUAACUGACUCAACUACUCUGAGUAGCACUGAGGGCAGCCUCGAGAAGAACCAGACUGCAGACAGCAGUGAUGGCCAUGGGGUCAGUGAGGGGAGCACAAUCACAGAGCUGGGACCUGGGUGGCACGUGGCUGCACACACCAUUCUGGUGUUAGUGGCCGUGUGUGUCACGGUCCUGCUGAGCUGCUGUUGCUCGGUUCUGCUGGUGGCGACCUGGAGGGGUCAGAGGAAGAGGAUGGGACGCUAUCGUACAUCAUGGAGAGGAAAGAAAAGCUCCAUGCGCCUGAUCAAGUAUGUGCUGGUCAGAGAGAACUGCUGA